ACUGUAACAGGGAACCUCCAUCAAUCACACCCCCCCUUCCACCAUUACCACCUCCCUCACUGCUUGCCAUAACCACAUCUGCUUUACCCCUCUUCCUUUCCUCAUCCCUUCCUCUCUUCCUCCUUCUCCCUUCCUUCUCUUCCUCCCCCCCACCGCCAGACCCUCUCAGUUGUGCUCAAGAUAGACAGAGGCUCUGCAAAUAAAGUAAGGACAGAGAAAAGUAUUACGUCCAAAGGAACAUGGAUUGGGAUUUUAAUGCGAAUGGUCCUUUAAGAGUGUUUUGGAGAUCAAAAGAGUGGGAUGAGAAAACUUCAACAUUUACUUCAGAUGAGGCUCUUACAAGUGACAAAACAAAGGUUGUCCAUAGGAGAAGGCCUAAACUAAGACGCCAGAGUGAUCUGGAAGACUCUACUGAGCAGCUGGUUUCUGGUGACAUGGUCACAUUCCCCUGCUCUGUCUGCUACCAAGAACUAAACACAAAUCAGAAUUUUCUCCAUAAGAAACAUCACAAUGCCCUGAGUAUUCUGGGUUUCCAGUGGAUGGGAAGAAGGAAACCAAAGCCCAAGGUGAUCAGUUUUCAUAGAGAAUGUAUAGUUUCUAACCUUUUGAGAUCUUCUACAUACAGUGAAAAAGCCCUUCAGAGUAUAAAUUACGCAUUUGAGCUUCUUUGGAAGAAACACAUCCCAUCAUACUUCAAACUUUGUGAUAAGGUUGGCCAGACUUCUACAUAUACUCCAAGCAGCUACCAUCUGAUGAUUAAAGGUAUAGCCAUCUGUAGCAAUAGUAAUUCAACCUGGAAAGCUGAGCCAAACUGUAAAUUCACGGUUGUGGAUGAUUUCGGUGAAAAAGCCAAUGUGUGCUUCUUUGGUUUAUUUGAUAGCCAUUAUGGAUAUGCAGCAGCAGACCUGGCAUCAAAGGAGUUUCAGGUUUUACUUCUCCAUCAGCUGUCUAUACAGGAUCCUUCCUACCAAAUGACAGCUGAGCAGCAGCAACUGAUCGAUUCCUUUCACACUGUGUUCAGGGAAGAAUACAGAGCCAGAGAAGAGGCCUUCUCUUCCACAUACAAAACCUUCAGAACUAGUAGACGGGAGUAUGAGGACACACACAAAGCCUUUGCAAAGGCAUUUUGGAGAAUGGAUAGGCUUCUACGGCUUGGAAGGAAUGAGGUUUCCCGGGUUCGGUGGAGCGGCUGCUCAGCACUCACUUGUAUAUUAGAGGGUGGGAUUAAGAACCCACAAGCUAAUAAGGACUGGGAAAAAAACUAUCAGCAGGGUUCUAACAGUUCUCCCUUCCCGAAGACUCCACAGAUCAUCUCUGGAAUAUUACACAUUGCAAAUGCUGGAAAUGUACAAGCAGUCUUAUGCAGAAAUGGAAAAGGGUUUUGCCUGACCAAGGAACACACUACACGAAACGUCAAAGAAAGAAGAAGAGUCCUUCACAGCGAAGCAGUGAUCAGUUCAGAUGACCCUUAUGGCCUCCUGGAUGGACACAUAAAAACCACCAGAGGUCUUGGAUUCCAUGGAAACCUCAGACUAAAAAAGUCCAUUAUUCCAGUACCACAAACAAUUUCUGUCCCUAUAGAUGAUUUAUGUCAGUUUCUCAUCUUAGCCACUAAUGGACUUUGGCAAGUUUUGGACAAGAAGGAAGUCACUGCACUGGUAAUUACCUUGUUUCAUGCAUAUAAAGAAACACAUGUUUCUGGCCCUAAAAAACCCUGGCUACCUAAAGACCUUCUUUCCCCACCAGACAGUAACAUCCGAGUGCUGUUCCAGUACCAGCCUGAAAAUGAAGACUUUAUGACAACUACAGAUCUAACAAAAGAAUUAUCUGAUUCAACACAUACUAAAGCUUAUGAUCAUCAAGCUCUAACUGCAGAAACACUUCCUCCAGAAGCGACCCCUUAUGACCCUUGCAGCACAAAAGAAAAUAACAGCUUACCCACUUUAGACAGUAAGCAGGAGAGUGAGAAAGAACUAUGUAUUAAGAACUUCUAUAAAGGUGCAGCUGAGUACAUUGGCUGUGAACUUGUAAGUGCUGCAAUAGAAGGUGGUUCCAGAGACAGCAUCACUGUUAUGGUAAUGUUUCUCAACGGAAGUGAGUAUCACAGGCUGGCAUAAAAACAUUCCAACGACCUAGAACAGCAAAUAGUACUGCAAAGACUCCUGUGAGAACCAUUCCUCAGAACAGGAAGGAAAUAGAAAAGCUGCAGCUUGUAUAUCAUGUGUAUUAUGGUGUAUACUUUAUGUCAAAGACAGAGAAAACUCAGUGUUGCUUUUUACACCACUUUAUUCCAACCUGAGCACCUCAAUAUAAAACUAAACACUGGUGAACUGUUUUCCUUACUAAUUUUGAGUUACUGUAAAAUGUACAAGUUCUCUUAGCAGAUCAACACUUAAAUAGAUUAAAUCAUCUGACACAUGGUAGAUUUCAUAUAAUGAAAAUACCUAAAAUAAUUAGUGCAAUAUACUGAUUAAAAUAAAAUGGACUUC